UUCCUGUUGGCCGGUUACGCGCCUACAAACAGGCUUAGCGCUCUAUUGAAAUGCGUGAGGCUCCUUAACUCUUGUAUAAACAGAAACCAGCUGUAACUUUAGGUCAGAGCGCAUUAAAAUGAGCCACUUCUGAACGAGCAGCGCCCAGGCCCCAGGCCCUGCUGCGAAGGCCCCGGCAAAGGUCAGGGUUUCGUCCGCGUGACGUUCCUUCUUGCGCGCGUCCAAGCGGUGCUGUGCCCCAGGUGAGGUGUCUGUCUCGGGAAGAUUCCGCGAGAAGACAGAUGUAAAGGGCUGAGAACGAAAGGCACCAGCAAGUGUGAGCUGUUGUUAUAAAGGUUUGUCUCAAAGGGCAUGCCAAAUAUUGACCUGAAAAAUCUCAAGCAAACUGCCUGAAUUUCCCCUGUAUAUUCUUGUUCUACAUCCUAUCAAAGGACCAGACAAGCCAAAUUAGUGGGGUUUUGGUCCCUUCCGCCGUGGAUGCCUUUGACAUUAUGACCGCAGAGGAUUCCACCGCAGCCAUGAGCAGCGACUCGGCCGCCGCGGCCUCGGCCAAGGUGCCGGAGGGCGUGGCCGGCGCGCCCAACGAGGCGGCGCUGCUGGCGCUGAUGGAGCGCACGGGCUACAGCAUGGUGCAGGAGAACGGGCAGCGCAAGUACGGCGGCCCGCCGCCCGGCUGGGAGGGCCCGCACCCGCAGCGCGGCUGCGAGGUCUUCGUGGGCAAGAUCCCGCGAGACGUCUACGAGGACGAGCUGGUGCCCGUGUUCGAGACGGUGGGCCGCAUCUACGAGCUGCGCCUCAUGAUGGACUUCGACGGCAAGAACCGCGGCUACGCUUUCGUCAUGUACUGCCACAAGAACGAGGCCAAGCGCGCCGUGCGCGAGCUCAACAACUACGAGAUCCGCCCCGGUCGCCUGCUCGGCGUGUGCUGCAGCGUGGACAACUGCCGCCUCUUCAUCGGCGGCAUCCCCAAGAUGAAGAAGCGCGAGGAGAUCCUGGAGGAGAUCGCCAAGGUCACCGAGGGCGUGCUCGACGUGAUCGUCUACGCCAGCGCGGCCGACAAGAUGAAGAACCGCGGCUUCGCCUUCGUGGAGUACGAGAGCCACCGCGCGGCCGCCAUGGCUCGCCGCAAGCUCAUGCCCGGCCGCAUCCAGCUGUGGGGCCACCAGAUCGCCGUGGACUGGGCCGAGCCCGAGAUCGACGUGGACGAGGACGUGAUGGAGACCGUGAAGAUCCUCUACGUGCGCAACCUCAUGAUCGAGACCACAGAGGACACCAUCAAGAAGAGCUUCGGCCAGUUCAACCCGGGCUGCGUGGAGCGCGUCAAGAAGAUCCGCGACUACGCCUUCGUGCACUUCGCCAGCCGCGAGGACGCCGUGCAUGCCAUGAACAACCUCAACGGCACCGAGCUGGAGGGCUCGUGCCUCGAGGUGACGCUGGCCAAGCCCGUGGACAAGGAGCAGUACUCCCGCUACCAGAAGGCAGCCAAGGGCGGCGGCGCGGCGGAGGCGGCGGUGCAACAGCCCAGCUACGUGUACUCUUGCGACCCCUACACGCUGGCCUACUACGGCUACCCUUACAACGCGCUCAUCGGGCCCAACAGAGACUACUUUGUAAAAGCAGGCAGCAUAAGAGGCCGGGGUCGAGGCGCGGCUGGCAACAGAGCCCCAGGGCCCAGGGGUUCCUACCUCGGGGGAUAUUCAGCUGGCCGUGGUAUAUAUAGCCGGUAUCACGAAGGGAAAGGAAAGCAGCAAGAAAAAGGAUAUGAACUUGUACCGAAUUUGGAAAUCUCUGCCGUCAAUCCAGUUGCCAUUAAACCUGGUACAGUAGCCAUCCCUGCCAUUGGGGCCCAGUAUUCCGUAUUUCAGGCCGCCCCAGCCCCUAAAAUAAUCGAAGAUGGCAAAAUCCACACAAUGGAGCACAUGAUCAGCCCCAUCGCGGUGCAGCCAGACCCAGCCAGCGCCGCCGCGGCCGCGGCCGCCGUCAUUCCUGCCGUGUCAACGCCGCCACCUUUCCAGGGCCGCCCAAUAACUCCAGUGUACACGGUGGCUCCAAACAUUCAGAGAAUUCCCACUGCCGGGAUCUACGGGGCCAGUUACGUUCCAUUUGCUGCUCCAGCCACGGCCACUAUCGCCACACUACAAAAGAAUGCGGCCGCCGCCGCCGUCUACGGAGGCUACGCGGGCUACAUACCUCAGGCCUUUCCCGCCGCUGCUAUCCAGGUGCCCAUCCACGACGUCUACCAGACAUACUGAUACUGGUGAGGAGAGUGGAGACAGACCACGAACUACCCCUGAAGGAACACUUUACUAUUUAUGAAGAAAGAACGUGCGGGAUUAGCACACCUAUGAAACCUGAAAGUGAAGAAUGUUAUCAGAUGUCAUACUGAAAUAUUUUAUAUUCAUGAAGUUUUCACUAGUUUUUUUUUAAGACUAUUUUCAAGUUAGCAGCCUGUGUUCAUACAUUUCUAAGAGACUUGCAACGGUUCGUGCCUUAAUACCAUCUCUUAAAAAUUUGUAACUGUAGUACAUUUGUAUAGAGGUUUUUGUUUUUUGUAUUUUUAAGGAUAUAUUUUCAGUAUGAAGGUUAUUUUCUUAACUUCUGCACUCCAGAGAUUUCUAUUUUGUUUGUAGUACCUUCAAUAAUAUAUCAGCUAUAUAUGGAAAAGCACACUUGAGCAGCUAGGGAACUAUUUUGAAGAGUAUAUUCAAUAUUUAAAGAUACAAACGAUAGUGCUUUAAAAUACUACAUAAGAUGUUAUUUUAAAAGUUAUACUGGAAAGUGCAAUUUUAAAGUGAGUAAAAUCUCUGUUUCAGCUGGCAUUAAGGGUUGACGGUGUUACCAUCCGUUCUCUAGGACAGUUUUUUGUGUUUCUCUCUUUUUUUUUCUUAAGGAAUUAAACACUCGAUCUCUCCUUAAGCCCAUGUUGAAAAGACUUGUCACACUUCUGAGUCCAAACACUGGAAAGCUCUCACCUGCCACCAUCACCCUGGAGCCUGCUCAUCCUCCAUUUGUCUUUCCCUUCCCACGCCCCUACUCAUUCCUUCCUCCUGUCCCCAGCCCCACCUCCGAGUCUGGCAAGUCUAGGGCAAAAUGAAUUACUCUGAUAGAGAGAACGUUGAUGGAUGGCUUUUAUACUUCUACCUGGGUUUUUUUUGAGGGGGGAGUUGUUGUGGGUUUUUUUGUUCUAUUUUGGUUGGGGAAGGUAUUUUCAAUAGCAGAGUAUGCAUAAGCACAAGGUGUUCGUAGUUUCCAUUAAGAUAUCUUUGCAGAGCUAUUUAAUUGUCUUCUAUAAAACCUUAAUUCCUUUUCUAAUGCUUUUAUUUUAUUCGUUUUUUUGAAGUAUGAAUUUGUAGAGACCAUGAAUGUCAUUGUAGACAAGGCCCCCAAAGACUCUUGUCACAGAAGGUUAAAUGCUUCUAGUUGCUUAUAUCAUGUUUCAUUGCAAAACGUCUGUGGUUGUCAAGGGUGUUGGAAACAUUAUGUUUAUUGAGCAGGGCUUUCCUCCGUAGCUGCACGUGCGUGUGGCCGGUGAACUGAAUUGGGGCAAACACAUCCAGGAGGAAGAGGAGAGACCUGGAGGAGUUAAAACAUAGUUUGUAAAUAAUCUCUUAAUGCUGGUUUUUAGUUUAAUGCAAAAUGAAACCAUUUUAUUUCAAUGUUCUUAAAGGUUGUUGUUUUAUUAGGAAGUAAAUGUAUUGUUGCAGUGUUGUGCCUGUUUCAAGGCUUGUGUUUAGCAGAGUGAAUGUAAAAUACAGUAAAAUGUUAAGAUUGUCAUAUGCUUUAGGAAAUGCAUCAACUUGGAACUUUUUUUAAAGGCUCCAUCAAGGAAUUGAGGUGUGCAAUAGGGAGCAAGUACACAUUUGUGUUUUUAUGUCCCAUUAGAGAUCUAUAAAAUCUUUCCACUCAAUUUUUGCUGAUGGCUGAAUUCUUAUUUAUGGAUUAAGAAUAGGAUCGUGCCUUUAGCAACUAUUGUAGUUUUGUUUUCAAUUUUAAAUUAAGAGAUUCCCAAAUGCCUCUUUUCCCCCCUCAUUUUAGGGUGGGAUGAAAUUUUUAUAUAUAAGUAAUAUUUAUUUAACUAUUCUGUAAAAUUAUUGAGUGCCUGCAAAGGCCUUUAAACAUUUCUAACAUUCAUUUCCCGCCAUUCUUAGAUGACAUAAAUAAUUGUGCAAUGUUCCUGAUGAUGUACCCAGCAAGCUGCAUCCAAACUCAAAUCUGUUGGAAUGAGUAAUGUAACAAAAUGCAAUUUGGAUCAGAUUCUCAUCCCUUGACUUUGUGGGAAAGAAGUACUGUCCUUCCAAUGAAGAACUGUCACAAAGCUUCACUGGAUGAGACUCUGGCCCAGCAGUCUUACUGUAUUUUACAUAUGCCUGUCAAUUAUUUGCGCAAAAAAAAAAGAAAAAA